GGAGGCGGCGGUGGCGGCCUCUAACCUCUCCCUCCAGCUUGCUAGGACCUGCCCUGGGUCAGGAUAGGGAGGGAAGGGGGGCGCCGAACGACCCCUGCGUCCAUUCUCCCAUCUUCAGCGGCGGCCGAGUCUGCAGAGGACCCGGGGCGUUUGCAAAUGGCUAGUCUUGGCUUGGGUCUGGAAGAGCUGCAGCACGACCCUCCCCCGGAGCCCGCCUUCCACGAGGCGCAGAAGUGGAUCGAGCAAGUAACUGGCAGGAGUUUUGGUGACAGAGAUUUUCGAACAGGACUAGAAAAUGGCAUCCUGCUCUGCGAGCUGCUGAAUGCUAUAAAACCAGGACUUGUAAAAAAGAUCAAUAGAUUGCCCACCCCCAUUGCAGGAUUGGACAAUAUCAUCUUAUUCUUAAGAGGCUGCAAAGAGCUCGGGCUUAAAGAAUCUCAACUAUUUGACCCAGGUGAUCUCCAGGACACUUCAAAUAGAGUAGCAGUCAAGAGCAUUGACUGUAGCAGAAAGCUGAAAAAUGUAUUAGUUACCAUUUACUGGCUGGGGAAAGCGGCAAACAGCUGCACAGCAUAUAGUGGUACCACACUGAACCUGAAGGAGUUUGAAGGAUUGUUGGCACAGAUGCGAAAGGAGACUGAUGAUAUUGAAAGCCCCAAACGCAGCAUCCGAGACAGUGGCUAUAUAGACUGCUGGGAUUCUGAACGCAGUGAUUCCCUCUCUCCACCCCGGCAUGGUCGAGAUGAUUCUUUUGACAGUCUGGACUCUUUUGGCUCCCGUUCUCAGCAGACACCCUCCCCAGAUGUAGUUCUCAGGGGAAGCAGUGAUGGCAGAGGAAGUGACUCAGAAUCGGACUUGCCUCAUCGAAAGCUGCCAGAUGUAAAGAAGGAUGACAUGUCAGCAAGAAGGACUUCUCAUGGUGAGCCGAAAUCAGCAGUGCCUUUUAACCAGUACCUCCCCAAUAAGAGUAACCAGACAGCUUAUGUACCUGCGCCUCUGAGAAGGAAGAAGGCAGAGCGAGAGGAGUACCGCAAGAGCUGGAGUACUGCAACCUCACCCCUGGGGGGUGAGAGAACUUUCAGCUACCCAGAAACCAUAGAGGAAGAAGAACAAAAUGAAGUGGGGGCUCAUGAUGAAGAGGAGCCGGCCGCCCCAUUGGAUCCUAGUGGAAAGCCUUCGGACACGGGGUUAGACUUGAGUGAGCAGAAUGGUAAGGAACAGUCUCUUCCAGAGGGUGCAAAGGAAACGGUAGCACAGAAAGCCGCACAAAAAGAUCUCGAAGAGAUGAGAAAACGCAGAAGGUUGGAGCAAGCUGGUAUCAAGAUCAUGCCAGCCGCACAGCGUUUUGCCAGUCAAAAGCAAGUAAGUGAAGAGAAAGAAACUGUUCCAGACAUUAUCCUUCGAAAGGAGAACCCUUUUCUGAAAUGUCAGUCCGGUCAUGAAUCUGAGCCAGAAGAUGGUGUGGAAUGCAGACUUCCCGAUCUAGAGAAGGAUGACUUUGCCGCUCGGAGAGCAAGGAUGAACCAAACCAAGGCACCAGUGCCAUUGAAUCAGUUGCUCUUUGGGCCUUAUAUAAAAAAAGAGAACGAUGGUGUCAGACAGUCCUUCAAGGGGACACCACAGAAGAAAAGUCAAGGAUCCUCAAGAAGUCGGGUGCAAAGGGAAGAAGUGAAGAAAAUUGUGGUCCACAAAGAAAACCUGCAGCAGCCUCCAGGGGAUUCAUGUGAGACCGAAGAACCCAGGAAGGCUCCUGAUAUCCAGAAGGAUGAUCUGGCUAAGAGGAAGAUUCAGAGUAGUAACCUCUCCUCACACCGGGAGCCUGUGAGUUUUGUGAAGAUUUCAAACAUAACAGAAGAAGACAUGGAGACAUGGGAUAGAUUGAAAGUAUCAGGAAAAACGAGUGACGAAGACACAGAACACAACAGCACCCCAGCCCCGUCACCUGAAAUCCAAGCAGAAACUGCAGUUCGUGAUGACUUUGCAAAACGCAAAGCAAGGGCCUACCAAAAAGCUUCCAGCCCUAAGCAAAAGUUUGUGCACUUUGGACCAGUGACAGAGAUAGAUCAGCAGAAGUGGAGGAAACUUAGCAUUGGCAAGGUUGGCCCCAAAGAGGAAAUAGAAGAGAUUCAUAGUGAUGGUGAUAAGAUUCACGUUUGUCAUGUGACCCCCAAUUCAGCAGCUCCUCCCAGCCUAGAGGAUGACAGAUUCCCUCGUCCACAGAAUGAUUCCAGCAAACUAGCAUAUUCCAGCUUAGAUGAAUGUUGCAAAGGGAGCCCUGCUUCUGAAGCCAUGGACGAGGUUCAGAAGCAGAAGGCCUGCAUCUUGGAAGACCAUCUGGGAAGCUGCAAGGAAGCCACAUCCAACCAGCUGCCACAGUAUGACCAAAAAGAGGAUAGGCUUACUAAAGGAGAUUUGGAGACUGAGCUGAAGAAUGGAAGAUGUGGGAGCAGGAACCAACAACUAGUGAACUCUGUUGCCCCUGUGAAUGGGACUACAGGGGCAGAAAAGAGUCUGGAGAUGACCACUCGUGGCGUCCAGCUUGGCGGUGGAGCCCGAGGGCAAAGGAAGAUGCCCGACCCACAGAAAGAUGAUAUGAUGGCUAGAAGAACAGGGGCAUUCCUUAAGCACCCUCCAUCCAACUCAAACCAGUUCCUUCCGGUUCCAUUUGCAAAGCAGCAGAAUGAAGAGGAAUCUCCCAAGGGACUUCAAAAGAAAGAGGAGAGAUACGGUCCCAGAACUGCUGUGUCUGAUGACGCAGAGAGUGUGAGUAUGCUAGAUAUGCGGUGUGAAGAAGAAGCCGCUGUGCAGCCCCACAGCAAGGCUCGUCAGGAGCAGCUGCAAUUCAUCAACAGCCAGCUGAAGGAAGAGGAUGACAAAUGGCAAGAUGACCUGGCUCGUUGGAAAAGCCGUAGAAGAAGCGCAUCUCAGGACCUAAUCAAGAAAGAAGCGGAGAGGAAAAAAAUGGAAAGAUUAUUGGCUGGAGGCGAUGGGACAAGUGAACGGAGGAAAAGCAUUAAAACCUACAGAGAGAUUGUUCAGGAAAAGGAACGGAGGGAGAGAGAGCUACACGAGGCUUACAAGAAUGCUCGUUCGCGCGAGGAGGCAGAGGGGAUCCUCCAGCAGUACAUCGAAAGGUUUACUAUUAGUGAGGCUGUUCUGGAGCGCUUGGAGAUGCCAAAAAUUCUGGAAAGAAGCCAUUCAACAGAGCCAAACUCUUCCCUGAAAGACCCAAAUCCCAUGAAAUACUUGCGGCAACAGUCACUGCCUCCUCCCAAAUUCACUGCCACUGUUGAAACUACCAUUGCUCGCCCCAGUGAACUGGACCCCAGCGUUUCAGCAGGCAGUACGUCUCCAAGCAAAACUGUGGUUCCAAAAGCAGUGCCUAUGCUGACACCUAAGCCUUACCACCAGCCGAAAAACACGCAGCAGGUUUUGAAAACCUUUAAGGUAGAUGAAAAAGUCAGCGUGAAUGGAGAAACUUUUAAUGGCGUAGAAGAAGAGAAAGAAAGAGAGUGUCCAACAGCAACAUUUUCCCCCUCGUUAACUAGAUCUCAGAGGUUUGAAGGUGUGGCCAGAGUAGACGAUUCCCCAGUAGAACUGAAGCAGGACGGCGGUAGCAUUGAGAUCAGUAUAAAGAAGGCAAGCUCACUGAGCAGAGAAUUAACAAUUUCCACUGUUGAGGAAGAUGAUCUGCCCCCUCAAAAGGAUGAAACUGAUUGUGGACAAGAAGAAAGUAGGAACACGGAAUGUGACUCACAAGAGUGUCAGCACUUUACAACAACUGUGACCCGAGCCAGCCCAACUGUGGCCUUUGUGGAGUUCAAUCCCAGCCACCAGCCUAAGGACCACGAAACAGAAGACAAAGACCAGAGGAAACUGGAGAGUGAAAUGAGUGGGAAGGUGGAGUUGGUGCUGUCACAGAAGGCAACGAAGCCAAAGUCUCCAGAACCAAAAGCAGUUCUGUUGUUUCCAUACCUGAACCAAGUACCAGAAACCAACGAGUCAACUUUGCCAAAUCUUGAUUCACAAGUGGAAUCUAAUAGCAGUGAGAAGUCACCUGCAAGUACACCUCGUUUCAACUUGUGGGCAUGGGAUCCAGAGGAGGAGCGCCGCCGGCAGGAGAAAUGGCAGCUUGAACAGGAGCGUUUGCUUCAGGAGAGAUACCAGAAGGAACAGGACAAAUUGAAAGAAGAAUGGGAGAAAGCACAAAAGGAAGUGGAAGAAGAAGAGCGUAGAUAUUAUGAGGAGGAACGCAAAAUCAUUGAAGACACCGUGGUUCCCUUCACAAUUUCUUCAAGUUCAGCUGACCAGAUUUCUACCUCCUCCUCUGUCACGGAAGGAAAUGGGCCAGUGAAUAAGAUGGAUUUGGAAGAUUCUAAAGAGGAAGAAAAAAGACAAAGACCACUCUGGGAGGAAGACAGUGACUCACUGCUGAAGAAUAAGAAGAGUGAUGCUUUAGAGGAAACGAGGAGCCGUGUACCACCGGUGACCCCAGCACAUCCAGAGACCUCCGUACCAAAAGGAAUUCAUCAGGACCAUCAGUUGUCAACAGCUGAGCCUGGUACGCCAGACCGAAGGCUGAACUUAGAGUUAUCUCAGGACACAUCAUGGAAUCAGCCAUGGUCACCUGCACCGUCACAUGCGUUAGAAGAUGUGAAACCGAAAACCCUCCCGGUGGAUCAAAGCAUCAACCAUCAGGUUGCCUCUCCCAGUGAGAGAAGGAAGACAAGCCCUCGUGAGAAUUUCAGAGCUGGGCAGUUAUCCCCGUGCUCUCCCACCCCUCCUGGCCAAUCUCCCAGCAGGUCUAUAAGCGGAAAGAAGUUAUGCUCUGCUUGCGGACUUCCUCUGGGGAAAGGAGCCGCCAUGAUCAUUGAAACACUUAGCCUUUAUUUUCACAUCCAGUGCUUCAGGUGUGGAAUCUGCAAAGGACAGCUUGGAGAUUCAGUGAGUGGAACAGAUGUCAGGAUUCGCAAUGGUUUGCUAAACUGCAACGAGUGCUACAUCCGGUCCAGAAGUGCUGGUCAGCCAACAACAUUGUGACACGGUUUUCACAUCACCUCCCACAACUCCCUUUGGGGAUGUCCUGGACAAUCGCUUACAAAUGCCCAUAUUUGUGGGGCUUCGUGGCACUCAUUUAAUUUUUAAAAAGCUAUACUAAGAGGCUGUGUCUGUUCCUUUAUAGCGCAAUGUAUGUUUGUAUUUUCCUUUUUUUUUUCUUUUUGCAUUUGCACAGUAUCUCUUAAGAGAAUAUUGAGUUGUGUUGAUCCCAAAUCCUUCAGAAAGUUGUGUGGGUUGGGUUUUUGGUUUUUGUUGGUUUGUCUUUUUUUUUUUUUUUUUUUUUUUUUUUUUUUGUAAGGCAAGAUAUAUUAAUGAUUUAAAAUGUGAUAUUAUCCUCUUCGGGAAUUAAGAUAAAAAAUGCAAUAAAACCUUUUGUUUUUAAAUUUCUAGAAGCUAAACAUUUUAAGUUUACAAAACGGAACCAUAGAAAGUGCAGGACAUGCCAAUGUAAGAUGAGCACUCUGCCGAGGGAGCAUCUAAUUAAUACAUUUCUGAACUAAAAAUCAUAGAAAGGGAUUUUCUGUUACUGAGCUAUAACCUUUUUUUUUUGUACAAAGAUACUAGUUUGAUAAUACAUACUGUAAUUCUGAACCAUUUGUGUUCUAUACCUUUCCAGGGCAGGCCCAUAAAUUAUUGCACCAUUAACCUUCAUGUACUUUCAAAGUUACAUCAUUAAUGUAGAUUAUUCUGUCAAAUAAAGAGAACUCUUGUAAAGCCUGCUGGCCCUAUACUCUGACUGAAUGGAAGCAUUUCCCAAGAGGAUGAGAAAGAGAGAUGAGAUUAUUUCAGUCCGUCUUUUUUCCGGAUUAUUGCAGUACUGUACUACCCGAAUUGGAGAGAGGAAGAGGAAGCUGACUCUCUCCCAACAAGUGGGAUGUCAGUAGCAACAAUAACGUGAUGUUCUUAGUCAAUUAUCAUUUAUAACAUUCCCAGGAGUUGUCACAUGUCAGUCUGGGAGUAAGGCAUCAUAUGCCUUGGGUACCUGGUGCCCUGUGCCAUAUAUGUGCAGAGAUAAGCCUUGAGAAUCUCUGCUGUUAUAUUUAAAAAGGAUGCAAUGAUGUGUGAUAUUUCACUGACUUAUGUGUGACCGUUAAGAUCCUACAGUUUACCCUGUACCUUGUCCAUUUUAAUGGCUAUUUGCAUGUUCCCCUUAACUCUCCUCUUCAUUGUCAAGAGUUCCAGCUAUUAAUCAUGGAGAACUUUAACCAGGAAUUGAUUUGCUGUCUCCUCAACUCCAUGUGUCACAUAAUGAAUUCCAGCUGGCUGAAGAAAGGAGAAAGUUGUUUAAAACCCUCAUUUUUAACUUUCCCUGGAUUUUUUUUUCUUUAAAACUAGGGGUGGGAGGGCAGGGGAGGAGCAGGUGGUAUUGGGACACCUAUUUAUUCUGCCUUAAAACCAUGUUAAAUUAAUAAAGAUUUGUUGCAAAUGUAGAGGACGAACCCAUUCAUGGUAUGUUGCUGUAUUAGUAAAGGGAUAUAACGUGGAUGUUUAUUAGAUAAGCAAUAAUUUUUCUAUGUGUUAUUUGAUAUAGCUAGCCACUAUUUAUUUACAUGCUAUGCUAGAUGGUCCUUUGCAUGCCAGUGCUUGUGCAGAAUUUCUCCUCGGCCACUGAAGGUAUUUUUACUAUGUUGUCAUUUGGAAAUGUUGUUGGAUUGAACCUUACACAUCAUUUCAUUAAAAUUGUGCCUUAGAAAAUGCAAAGCUAUUGCACAUAGUCAGUGAUGACUUAUGGAUACAGUGAAUUCAAGAGGAAUGAAGUCAUUCCUGAGACCUUCAGUUCCCGAGACUCCUUCUGGUAAUGGUUGCUGUUUUACAAAAAUGAAAAAAAAAAUAGUUUUGGAAAUGUACAGAUAUUCGGUCCGAUAUUUUGAUUAACCACCUGCAUGUUUUAUUGUUAGAUAUUUUGAUAAUGUCGAUGUUUACAUUUUGCAUGGUAUUCACAGAGUACUCUCCCAUGGUAAUGCACAAAACAUGCACAAUUUCAACAUUCAUAACCAAUUUUUAUAGAACCCUUUUUACCUAUGAAACUCCAUCCGUUACAUAAGGAAUACAUGAAUAUUGAACAUUCUUUUCUGGUUCCCACAGCCUCCUUUAUACAUCUUUCUUAGUGAGUCUCAUCACACAUGUAUUGAAGCUAGAAUCUAGUCAAGAAAAAUAAAGACCCAUUUUCCAACACAAGAUGCGCUUUUUUUUCAUAAUGAACUCUAGUCACCAGCACAGAAUAAUCUCCAGCAUUUUAAAUUCUAAUUGCCAACUGUUCCUAUUUCUAUUUGAUUUAUAUUUCAUUUGGAGUCUGUUACAUGACAUUUUAGAAAGCCUAGGCCUUGUUUUCUCCAAUUCAACAUAAUAAGUAUGAAGAUUUCUUGUUUAAAUAAUCUCGGAGAUCCCGGGGGAGGAAAAAAAACGAUGCUUUACUACACUGGGUUGUAAUAUAUAUGUGUGUUUAGUUUUAGAAUGAAACAGUGAAAGAAAAGGAGAAAAGUAAAUGAUUUAUUAUUCUUGAGGAAAGAGGAGAUCUGAUUUUUUUUUAGAUCCUCCAAAAGCUAUUCCCUUCUCAUUCUUCAGAAAACAUGGAUAACUCCACUAUAACUAUGUAUGUGUGUUUCACUAUCAGACUUUCAUGGUGUUUCCUCACUCUUUCUAUGUAGUGUUAUUAAUACAAAACAUACUGUAGCUAUCUAUUUGAAGCAUCAAAGUUAAUGAAAUAAAAGGACCUACAUCAUAUGCAAGACCAGCCAGAAGAAUAAUUACCAUUCUGGGCUGGCUAAUGUGCUAUAUAAGUUACACUAACCUUCAUUUACAAUAUUUAUUCUAAAAUGCCUCUGAAGAGUAGCAAAAAGUUGUCUAAAAUGCAACAGCUUUUAUAGUAAAUGUACAUUUAUAAAUAAAAUACUCAAAUGAA